UUUAUAUACAAAGUUUUUAUCCGUUCCCCUUUUAUCCACUCGACGGUGCAAAAAAAUGCUGAGUCAACCAAAAGUCAAAGCUAAGCCGCCGCCUCUUCGACUGCCUCACUGCAACGUAGAAGCCGAAAACAAUGAUCGCUUCAGCUCAUCGCCCACAGGCCAUGCAGAGGCUGAUUAUGAGGAAAAUGAAGCCCAGUCAGAAUUUUAUCAACAGUUUGAAAGCACACUCACUCAGCUAUUGCACGAAGAUGAUUUGAUGCCUUUCAACCUCCACACUGCAGCAAGUCUUGGCAUCACCUCAAGUGUUAGGCACCUCAUUGAAAGGUGCCAGGUGGACCCUAAUUCGAGAAAUAGUGGCAAUUGGACUGCAAUCAUGUAUGCUAGUCUUUUCAGCCAUAAUGAAACGGUACUGUAUUUACUUGAAAUGAAAGCUGAUGUUAAUCUGAAAAACCCAAAUGGCAAAACACCAUUAAUGUUGGCUGCUCUUUGUGGCAGUGAAGAAACAAUCAAGCUUCUCCUUAUGCAUGGAGCUUUUAUAGAAGAAAGAGAUCAUGACCAGUUUACAGCACUCAUGCUGGCUAUUCAAGCCACUCACGGUGAAUCUGCCCAACUGUUGCUUGAUUAUGGCGCAAAUCCCAAUGUUAGAGAAGAGAUUCACGGUCAAACUCCUUUGUACAUAGCUGCCCAAACAGGGCAGUUUGCCAUUGCGCGCGCUUUGAUUCAAAAAGGCGUAGACGUCAAUGUUAAGACAUCUAGCGGUGACACAGCAUACCACGUAGCUCUACGAAACGGUUACGCGCCAAUUGCAAACAUGAUAUCGGAGCAACAACAAGAACAACAAUUGAGACACCAGCAACAAUGCAAUAUCCAUGGCAUGGAAGCCUUAGGAAACUCAAAGAAAACCAAACCGAACCACCUUUUUUUGGCACCAGCGCCAACAAGAUUUAAGCCAAAAUCACCGUAUACUGCAUUUUUCGAGAGAUUCGCCGAGUUUCCUGAAUAUGCCGAACCUGCAUCCAACCAGAUUCCUGACGUUGUUAUCGACAACGUGGACGGUGGCGUACCUGAAGCUCAAUGGUUUCCGUCACCUGGUGAUAUCACGCGCUGCAGUCCCGAAGGUGUUGAAUCAGCCAAAGAAGGUUUUAAUCCAUUCAAUGCGUGGCCAGGCACUUCGAUGAUAUUUAAGCAGGCUAUUGCCAGCACCGGAAACGACCAUCAACGUCCUAGACAUUUCAAAAAAUCUAUUGCAAAACCUAUACCGGGCAGUGUUUCUAAAAUGCUACUCAGUCCAUGGUCACCAGCUGUCGAGCAACGGUACCCAGUCGUGGGUAGCAAUGACGCCAGCAGUAGCAACUAUCAAGAAAGCGCCUCAGUCAAACUGCCGAAGGAUCUCUCCACUGUUCUAGCGAAUUUAGGCCUCGCCAAGUACCAAAUGCAUUUCGAAGAACAGGACAUUGACUUACAAGUAUUUCUAACGAUGAAUGAGAAUGAUUUGCGCGAAAUCGGUGUCAAUUCGUUGGGAGCGCGACGCAAGUUUUUGUCGACCAUCGAAUAUUUUCAGACAAGAAGUAAUCAUUACCGAAUAAGCGAAGAGUUUCUGGUUAAUACCUGGGUGUGUAAACAAGACCUGGCAGAGUUAAAAGUCAUAUGGAAUGACAUGACGAGGACAGUGGAAGAACUGCGCAAUCUACCUGGUACAGAUAAAUCUCCUCGUGCGAUACGAGAAAGAAAUGCCCACUUAGAUUACCUGGUCAAACAAAUGCAGUGCGCCGAGGGAUUUUUUAAGAAAUACUGAUGGUAUUAAAUUUUUUGUCGAUUUCUUUUCAUGAUUUUCUAUACUUUAUAACGAGUUAUCUUUUUAAUGCCGAAAAUUUUAUGCGCGUUGUUUUAUAGUCAA